AUGAGGCAUUCAAACAAUGGCAUGACGGCGAAAGUAAUCGUCUUCUCUGGAUCAGGGGUGAUCCCGACAACACUUCUAUAUGGAAUCGUGGAAGAGCUAACACGAGUGCAUAGAGAUAGUGUCGCCAUCUCGUUUUUCUUCUGCCAAGCCACCAACAUGCGCAUUAAUAGCGCUACGUCCGUCCUACGUGGGUUGAUUUUUCUCCUUAUCGAGAAAAUCCUAUCUCUUCUCUUAUAUAUGCGAGCUCAAUACGACAAAGCUGAGCGCACUCACUACCAUAUUCACGAAUAUACUGGAAGAUCCGUUAUUAAAAGCCGAAACCACGCCGAUAUUACCGAACGAUUCGAUUUUGCUGCCUAUAUAGCUCCGAUCCCAUUGGAGCUAAACGAGACAUCUAUAUCCGAAGCUAUGAAUGCGUUCAUUCGACAUAAAGUGGAUUCGUUACUGUUACUAAACAAAAACAACAGCGACGUCUAUGAAAAAAAAACUUUGAGAUCCGCGAGCGAGUAA